AUGAAUUCUGCGUAUUUUUGUGCUCUUCACCCUGCGCUGUGUUUGGACCUUCACCAGCAGAUGGCUCAGCAGUACCAGCUUCACACUAACACCGUCACCAUAGCUGAGAGACUGGCAGAGGCACGCACUCAGAAAGUCUCCAUUUUUCUGUUUAGCAUCAGUGAAAGUCUAAUCAGUGUGUCUGUGUGCACUUCAGAGCUGAUCCUCGAGGCACGUGAUGGGGGUCAGCAGAAGCAGCGGAGGAGCAGGACGGCGUUCAGCGUGUCCCAGCUGCAGGCUCUGGAGAAAGCUUUCCAACAAACCCAGUAUCCUGAUGUGGCCAUGAGGGAGAGGCUGGCCGUCUGUAUCAACCUCCCUGAAGCUCGCAUUCAGGUGUGGUUCAAGAACAGGCGUGCAAAGUUCCGCAAAGGACAGCGAUUCACUCCUUUCCCGAAAAGACGUACUCCAGAAGACACCAAACAAGCGAAAGCUGAGCUCUCAGAAGAAGAGAAAAGCAACAAGCAAGAAACAAGACUUUCAGACAACAAUCAAUGCUCACGUGCUAAUUGUGUCAGCACUUCCACAGACAACAUGGCUCGUUUCCAGACUCCGUGUCGGCUAAGUUCUCUAUCUUCUCUCCAACCGUUCGUAUUUGGAGAACAGCACAAGCAUCCAAGCCUUGUCUCUACUAGUCUGCCUCUGCCGUUCUCUGCUUCCUUCUUACCCUUCAUGCAGCCUCACAGCAGUACACCAGAUGUCAUGCCAAUGCAUAAAUGCAGCAGCCUUGGGCUAUACAUUAAAUCUAUGGCACAUCCAUGUCUGGACUUGUAGCUGCACCACCCAAAAAAAAAAGAAAACCCAAAACACAAACCUUGUUGAGCCAGUUAUUGGCAUGAGGAGAGGAACAGGUGCUCCUGGGCUGUAAGAAAGUUCACGUUAGGGCUGUAGUGUUCAAAACCGCUGUUAAACGACCCCUUGACUCAAACGUUUACACGUCUGCCAA